AUGUCCGGCGAUGGCCAGAGCGGCUCCGCAAGGGCGCACUUCGUGCUGGUCCCCAUGAUGGCGCAGGGUCACAUCAUUCCCAUGACCGACAUGGCGCGCCUGCUGGCCGAGCACGGCGUGCAGGUUACCUUCAUCACCACGCCAGUGAACGCGUCCAGGUUGGCGAGCUUUGCCGCCCACAUGGAGGAGACAGGCCUGGCGGUCCGGCUCGUGGAGCUCCAUUUCCCGGCAGCCGAGUUUGGCCUACCGGACAUGUGUGAGAACGUCGACAUGAUCCAAUCCAAGGAUCUGGUGUUACACUUCCUGGAGGCAUGCGCCGCGCUUCGGGAGCCGCUCAAGGCGCACCUCCGUGAGCAGCAGCAGUCGCCUCCGAGCUGCAUCAUAUCUGACACGAUGCAUUGGUGGACCGGUGACGUCGCAAGAGAGCUUGGUAUCCCGAGGCUCGCCUUUAGUGGCUUCUGUGGCUUCUCGUCCCUUGUCAGUUACAUCAUUUGCCACGACAACUUAUUGAAACACGUCACAGAUGAGAAUGAGCUCAUUACGAUCCCAGGGUUCCCUACACCACUGGAGUUGGCAAAGGCUAAAUGCCCUGGACGCAUUCCCAUUCCAGGUAUGGAGCAAAUUCGUGAGAAGAUCUAUCAAGAGGAGCUGAGAUGCGAUGGCGUAGUCCUUAACAGCUUCAAAGAGCUGGAGACAUUGUAUAUCGAAUCCUUUGAGCAGGUGACAAGGAAGAAAGUAUGGACGGUCGGGCCAAUGUGCCUCUGCCACCAAAACAGCAACACAAUCGCCGCAAGAGGAAACAAGGCGCCAAUAGAUGAGGCAGAGUGCUUGCAGUGGCUUGAUUCAAUGAAGCCAGGCUCAGUGAUCUUUGUCAGCUUUGGCAGCCUCGCCUGCACUGCACCUCAGCAACUUAUUGAGCUCGGCCUGGGACUUGAAGCCACCAAGAAACCAUUCAUUUGGGUGAUCAAAGCGGGAGAUAAGUUUCCAGAAGUUGAGGAAUGGCUCUCAGAUGGCUUCGAGGAACGCGUCAAAGACAGAGGCAUGAUCAUAAGGGGCUGGGCGCCACAGGUGAUGAUCCUGUGGCACCAAGCCGUUGGAGGAUUUAUGACGCACUGUGGGUGGAACUCAACAAUAGAGGGCAUCUGUGCAGGCGUGCCCAUGAUCACUUGGCCGCACUUUGCCGAGCAGUUUUCAAAUGAGAAGCUGGUGGUGGAGGUGCUGAACAUUGGGGUGGAGGUUGGAGUGGAAGGAGUUACACGGUGGGGACAUGAACACAAAGAGGCUAUGGUUACAAGAAAUGAUGUGGAGAGAGCAGUGUACGCCCUGAUGGAUGAGGGGAAAGCUGAAGAGCAGUUCCAGGUGAGAGCAAGAGACUGUGCCAUUAAGGCAAGGAGGGCUUUCGAUGAGGAAGGUUCUUCAUAUAACAACAUAAAGCUACUGAUUCAAGAAAUGGGAAACAAGACAAAUGCACAUGGUGUAAACUUAAUAAAAAGAUUUAUUUUCCAAAUAACCAGUAGCUCACUGGUGGUGGCCUAA